AUGCCCUUGCCGAUACCCCCUCGCGAGGUGCUGAACUGGAGGCUUUUCUAUGCAGUCAUAUGUUUUGGUCUCAUGGGAGCCGCUCGUGGUUUGGAUGAAGGCUUGAUCGGCACGACAGUCGCGCAGAAAUCAUUCAUGUCAGAAUAUGGCUUGGUCCCUUCCAAGAAGCCAACCACAGCGGAACUCGCAAUGCUCGCUAACCGCAAAGGAAACAUUACCGCGAUGGUGCAGAUUGGCAGUGUGGGUGGUGCGCUCCUCGCGUUCAUCUUGUGUGACAAGCUUGGACGGCUAUGGGCCGCUCGUCAGCUAUGCUGUGUCUGGAUUAUUGGUACCAUCGUCUACAUCACCGCCAACGGCAAUUAUGGCCAAAUUUUGGCUGGCCGCUUUGUGAUGGGACUUGGAAUCGGUCAAACCACAGUGGUUGCUCCUGCGUACCUGACUGAGGUUGCCCCAAGGACCAUUCGUGGUCUCUGCGUUUGCAUUUUUAGUGGCUCCGUCUACCUAGGCAUCAUGCUGGGCUACUUCGCCAACUUUGGCACUUCGCUUCAUAUUUCCAACAAGAACUCCCUACAGUGGGUGGAACCCACACUGAUGCAUAUUAUCUUCGCAAGCAUCAUCUUCGUCAUGUCCUUCUUCGCGCUCGAGUCACCCCGUUGGCUUUGCAAGGUUAAGCGAUAUGAUGAGGCCGCCGCCAUGAUGGCUAAGCUUCGCCAUCUUCCAGAAGAUCACCACUACGUCCGGACGGAGCUGAUCGACAUCCGUGACCAGUUGGAGCGAGAGCAAGAAGCCACCAUGGGCUCUAGUUUCUUCGGACCUCUGAAAGAGUUGUUCUUGAUUGGUAGCAACCGCUACCGGAUUGUCCUUGGUCUCAUGUGUCAACUCCUUGGCCAAUGGAGUGGUGCGAAUUCAAUGACAAUCUAUGCUCCCCAGUUCUUCCAGCUCCUUGGUACCACCGGUCAAUCUGAGAGUCUCUUUGCUACUGCCAUCUUUGGUGUCGUGAAGCUGGUCUCUGCGCUGACGUGUGCCUUCUUCCUCGUCGACUUUAUUGGCCGCAAGCGCGCCCUGAGCAUUGGUAUUAUCAUCCAGUUUAUCGCUAUGCUCUAUAUCGCCAUCUAUCUCACCAGUGUGCCCACCAUCACCGCUGGCAAAGUCCAGAGUGGCGCCGCCAAACACGCCGCCACCGGUGCGAUCGCCAUGAUCUAUUUCUCUGGAGUCGGCUGGGCUCUCGGCUGGAACAGCAUCCAGUACCUCAUCGGCGCUGAGAUAUUUCCCCUCAGAGUCCGUGCCCUGGGCACUAGUAUUAUUAUGUGCUUCCACUUCAUCAAUCAAUAUGGUAAUAGCAAAGCGGUCCCACUCAUGCUGCUCACCCAGUCUCCUGGUCUCAAGCCCCAAGGCACCUUCUGGUUCUUCGCCGCUGUGACCCUGCUUGGUUUGGUAUAUGUCUGGUUUUUUGUGCCUGAGACCGCGGGCAAGUCGCUCGAGGCCAUGGAUGAGAUGUUCGGCCUGCCGUGGCACGUCAUUGGCCGCAAGGGUGCGAAGCUCACCGAGGGUAUGGGAGCCUUGUCUGAGAUGGUCGGACAUGUCGACAAUGAGAAGUUGGCUCAGUUGGAGGCAGAGCAUGCGGAGCAUUACGAGCAUGCGCCACAGGCUCGGGCUGAACUGGCUACCGAACGUGCUUAA